UUGCCGAUGUAUUUCACUCAACUCGAGUCCAUUGAGAAAUCAACCACAGAGAUCGAUAUGGGUGUCAACUACCUGUGCUCUGAAUGCGAUGUAAAUCUAUUCAAUGAGAUUCAUGUCAUCAAAUGGGAUGCAAAUGUGAAGGAAUCUGAAUCGACGAGCGGUUCGUGUGAUUACAUGUUUAUUGAGCCCCAAAAGUGGAUGAAAGACUUGUUUGAAGUCAAAGAAGGAGAUGAUAUUACUAUCAAAGGCUUAAACAUGAAGAUAAAGAAUAUGGAUCUGAUUGAAGACAAUCUAUUUCUAGGAAAUCAAAUGGCGGCCAAUGAUGUGGAAACCCUGCAAUCAGAGGAAGUCAAGUAUGUGCUGUCCGUCUGGAACUCUGAGUUGAACACCAAAAGCGAGUCCAUCACAUACAUGAAGAUCGAUGUCCAGGACUACCCGGGAGAACACAUAUUGUCUUAUUUUGUCGAAGCCAUUCAUUUUAUACGACAGGCCCAGGAUUCUGGUCGUAACAUACUAGUCCAUUGUCAUAUGGGUUACUCGAGAUCUGCCACUAUUGUGAUCGCAUUCCUCAUGAGAAAGUACAGGAAGACAUACAAAGAGGCGGAACAACUGGUGAGACAACGAAGAAUUAUUGGACCAAAUCCUGGUUUUGUUACUCAACUGAAACUCUUCUAUGAUAUGAAUUGGACUUUGAAUGCAAACGAUAAGAAACUUAGGAAUUGUCUUUUAGAGACUAUUCUCAGAUCAGGGCACUUAUGGUACGGGGAUUGGAUUAAUCAAUUAGCCAGGUAUUUCACGCAACUCGAGACCAUUGAGAAAUCAACCACAAAGAUCGAUAUGGGCGUCAACUACCUGUGCUCUGAAUGCGAUGCAAAGCUAUUCAAUGAGAUUCAUGUCAUCAAAUGUGGUGAAAAUGACAAACAAUCGGAAUCUGAAUCGACGAGUGGUUCGUGUGAUUAUGUGUUUAUUGAGCCCCAAAAGUGGAUGAAAGACUUGUUUGGAGUCAAAGGAGAAGAUAUUACUAUUGACAUAAAGUGUCCCAAUUGUCCGGAAAUCUUAGUGGACUAUAACAUUAAAUUUAGUCCCUUUCCCUGUGACUGUCCCCUUCACAGCCAUCAAGAAUUAUCAAAAUGUUUGCGUUUUCGUAUUGACCGCAAGAAAAUCAAAAUUGAGUCUUAAAUGUAGAUCUCUUAAUAUAAUUACGAACUAAUGUGUUAAUUUUGUUUAAACAUGCAUUAAGCAUAUUGCAACUG